AGCGCGCACCAACAGCCUCGAUCGAGAUGAACUGUGUCGUACCUGGGCGAGGAAUCAGAGCGUUCGGGAAGGCGGUCCAGUGUCUGGCCAAGAUAGGGGAGGACCUGCACAUUGAGGCACUUGAGAAAGGAUUGUCUCUAAGGACGGUGAACUCUGCUCGCUCUGCGUUUGUCAAUUUCCUCUUCUGUCGGACGUUUUUCAACAGCUACAGCGAUGGUCUGGGGAGCAGGUCUGCCGGAGAUGGUGUGGGGAGAGGGGGUGGGGAGGAGGAGGAGGAGGGAGACGAAGAGGAGGACACCAUCAAGUGUAAAAUCACCAUCAAAUCAGUUCUGAGUGUGUUUCGGUCCCUGAGCACUCUGGAGAAGGCUGUGGACUACUUCUCUCUUUCCAUCAACUGCAAACUCAGUAAACUGGUCUUCAUCUUCCACUGCAGACACGGUAUUGUGAAGACGCACCAACUGGGCUUCCAGGAAUGCGACUCUCUGCGAGCUGUCUUUGCCAAAGACCUGUCCCCCAACCACAUCAAGUUACAGAGCAGGAUACUGGGUGAGGUUGUGGGGAAUUUCCCUAACUUCCUGGAGGAGGUGACUCUACUGGCCGACCCGGAGUGUGUCAGACUCAAGAACUAUUGCAAGGAAGACAGCGUGGACCAGAGAGCCACUAUGACUGAAGUAUGUCUGGUACCAGCCGAGUUUGAUGACUACCAGAUUGGAGUGGAUGCUGCCAUCACCUUCUGUCUCAAGGAGCUCCGGGCAGUUCUGCUCUUCACUGAUGCUCUGCCGCAGACAGUGUCACUGUACUUUGAAUCAGCAGGAAGCCCAGUCGUAUUCAGUAUAGAUGCCACCACAGAAGUCAAGGCAGACUUUGUGCUGGCCACUCUACAAGAUGUUGCCGAUCCUACAAACCCUAUCACCAAUGGCACCACUGCUCACUCUGACAGUAGCACUAACGCUGCUGGUGUCAGAGGGAAGAACGCGGCACACCGACAGAGGGAGCAGACGAGACAAAACACUCGGGGAAGAAGAAGGGGAACGGCUAACGGACCGGGUCUUACUCGCCGGCAGGACCGGGGGCGGGGAUCGGUUGAAGAUGAAUGGAGUCACCCUUUUUCUAGCUCUAAUAGCCGCUCAACCAAAGAAGACAGAGAACGGACUAGCGAGGAAAGGUUGGCUUCUGUUGAGAGUGUCCACAGAUCCAGUGAAGCCUAUCACAGCACUCCAAGUAGACAGAGGAUGGCUGAUGCUAGGAGUAGGUCUAGUAGAACUUCCGAGGAACACUGUACUCUUGGUGAUGCUGUGAUGGUGGAAGAAGAUGGACAUGUGACUGGAGACGGUGCUGGUGGUGAGGGUGUGACGAUGGUGGAGGAGGGAGAAGCCGAUCCCCUCGAUGCCCUGUUUGGAGAAGAGAACAUGAUGGAUGUUGGGGAGGGAGGGUGGGAGGGGGGAAGAGGGGGAGAUUUCGCAGCAGAGGGACGGCCGAGAAGCAGUAGUAGUGAGCCCCAACACAAACUCCCAGGGUUUGGUAUUUCGAGAAGCCCCCACGUCGUCAGCUCCCACCUCACCAGCAGCUGUGUCAGACCCUCCCCCAAAUCACCACAGACCCACACCUCACAUCCCCACACUCCCCCCUCCCCCACACUACCCAGGAGGGAGGGAGAGGAAGAAUGGAGGAGAGGGGAAGAGGGAGGAGUCAGUCUAACACAAGACAGCAUUCUCCAGGACUCUGGCUUUCUCCCUGGAACUCCUCCAGCUAAAAAGUUCAAGGCAUCGUCUGCAAUUCUUGGAGGGGGUUUGCUGCACUGUGACCUGCCUACCCCUAGGCAGCCAGGUAUCCUGGCUCCAGACUCUGAGGAUGAAUCCAACUGACUGGAAUACCCACCACAGAAACCACUGGAUAUAUUAUAGCCCUGCGGACCACCGGAUAUUAUUAUACCAGUUGUGAACUUUGUGUCGUCCUCAUCUCUCCUCUAACUCUCUCUUUUCGUGCACCCUGCAUCACUGCAAAUUGUGUAACGUUAUAGUGCAACGUGUGUGCUUUGUGUAUUCGAUCAACUUUCGCUCAUGUAUCAUCUGUGGUAUGCUCGUAUGUUCAUUCAGUUGCAACGUGUUUACAC